AUGAUAGGCCUAAGCAAAAGGAAAUUGAAACGAAUUGUAAUAAGUGUACUUUUAAUAUUAUGUGUCUUUGAGUUUAUACAGUUGACGAGUAACAUUAAAAAUUACUCGCAAAUCGAAGAAAAACAUCCAACACCAGUAGAAACAACGAUUCACUUCGACUAUGGAAAUAACCUGGAAGUUUCAUAUGAGACAGAACAAUUUCUAGACAGCAGUAACAAAUACAUCCUCCUCGUGAAGUCAAAGCAACCCCCCAAAUACCCGUUCACAACUUUUACUUUAGGAAACGUCAUUUUCACUGAAAACGCUUGUGAUUUCACCAACUGCUACAUAAUAGAUGAUAGAACAUUCAUAGACGAAGCCUCGUUUGAUAUGGUCGCGUUCAACGCCCCGGACCUUCACGAUCUAGAAGUGCCAGAGAACAGAUCGCUUCACCAGAAGUAUGCGUUCUUCUCAUACGAAUCGCCGCAGUACCAUCCAGUAUGUAUAGACAUCUACGACGAUUUCUUCAACUGGACAUUCACAUACAAAUUAAAUUCAGACUUUCGCUGGUGGUUCUUUGAAAUAUACGACUUGAAUGAUACAAGAAUAGGACCGCCUGUUGAUGUGUGGCCGGAUUUCGGCUCUAUUGAUGAUGAUUUAAAGUCCAAAUUGGACGAGAAAACUCGAAUGGCGGCGUGGUUUGUAUCGAACUGCGAUACGAUAAGUGGGAGAGAGUGGGUUGCGAAGGAACUCAAUAAGGAAUUGAAGGAACGGUACGGAUGGUCGAUAGACAUCUACGGGAGUUGUGGCGAUUACGCAUGCCCCAGAAGGUACGCUGAAUUGUGUAAUCAAAGGAUAGAAAAGCGAUAUUUCUUCUACUUAGCGCUAGAGAAUUCGUUUGCGGAGGACUAUGUGACGGAGAAGAUAUUAUUGGGUCUGAACAAUUUGGCUAUACCAGUGGUUUAUGGUGCUGUGAAUUAUUCUAGAUUCCUCCCACCAGGCAGUUAUUUAGACGCGCGUGAACUGGGCACGCAAGAAUUGGCGAGGAUAAUGAACAAGAUCGUAACGCACCGUGAGAUCUUGUAUGACUACUUCAAAUGGACCAAUCACAUAACCUUUAGACACGUGUCGGCAAGGUCUCAGAUCUGUGGGCUCUGCGCUACGCUCAACGAUAGGAAACAAAUGAAAGCUAACAGUAUGUAUCCAGAGUUUCGGAAUUGGUGGAACGCAGAAGGAUGGGACGAUAGCUGCUCUUUGAGCCGUGAUUAUUUCUAG